AUCUAUGGGGCCGGCACAGUUUGCUAUCACGUUUACCUCGUUGUUAUCAAUUAUUAAUCCACUUGUAGCACGAAUACCUACCGGCCAACCAAAAUAAUGUUACCGAUUAUCACGCAGCGCGGUAGUUUUUUUCGCGUUCAAUGUGCGACGCGUCCGACGCUCGUCGUAUGUACGUCGUACUUUUAUUCUGCGUCUCCACUGGUGAACACGACGACUGAGCAGAACACCGCCUCGCCGAGGACGUCCUGGUGACGACGCGAAAUGGUAACGAUAUUAUUAAAUAUUUACAACUACAACCUUGGCCGGUAUUCGUUAUUAAUUGCGACAAACCAGCCUCCCACAAAAAUGUUCCAGCCGCAGUCGACAACGCAGCUGCAGGCGACAAACCAGCCGCCCACAAUUAUGUACCAGCCGCAGGCAACAAACCAGCCGUCCACAAUUAUGUACCAGCCGCAGACGACAAACCAGCCGUCCACUAAUAUGUACCAGACGCCGUUGAUGCACCAGCAACCGUUGAUGCACCAGCGACCGUUUAUGCACCAGCAGCCCGCAACAUACUCGGUAACCACCAGGUACCAGGUGCCGAAUAUGUACCAGUCGCAAUUCCCACAAUAUUACCAGUCGCCCUUCAUCAUGAACCAAAACCAGCCGUCCGCGACUUACCAGCAUCCCGCGGCUUACCAGGCACCCGCUACUUACCAGCCAUCUGCCACUUAUCAUCCGCCCGCGACUACCCAGCUGCCCGCGACUACCCAGCUGCCCGCGCCAUCAAAAAAAAUUAAAUUUAAAUGCCUAAUAUGUCACAAAACAGGUCACCAGGCGGCGGAGUGCCACGGGCGAGUGCACCAAGAUUCGAGGAAUAGGCAAAGGGCACCAGUCGAAAUAAGGCCACCUAGAAGAGGUAGAAGGAAUAUUAGAUUCAUGACUACGAGUUAUGAACCAGAAACAGAAGGAGAAGCCAAGCGUACGGAAGAGUAAUUUAUUCAUUUUAUUUUAUAAUAAACAUUUUUUAACAAAAA